GGAAGCAGCAGCUGUUCCUGCUUUUCAGAAACUUCCACUGAGAUGCCUUUCCCACACAGCUCCUCCAGGACCCUAAGGCACAAGUUGAUCCUGGCUGGGAUCAUGGUCCCUUUAUUUAUGCUGGUUGUGAUUGUCUUGCUUGUGGUGCUCAUCCCAGGAAGGAAAGAGGUCCCCAGCUCAGAAACACUGCUGGAGUGGAAAGGCAAGGGGACCACUAAACAUCUGAGGGAGAUCAUCCUGGGAAGAUGCUACAACUAUCUUGCCACCAUGAACUCUGAGCUCAGAGAUAAAGACUGCCUCAAAAUUUGGGAACUAUUGGAAAAUGCAUUUAUGUACAAGAACCCAUGCAGCAUGACUGAGGAAGAUUAUCAGCCUCUGAUGGACUUGGCAAGACAUUCUGUCCCAUGUAACAAGUCACUAUUCUGGAGCAAGACAAAUGACCUUGUGCAUCGGUACACAAAAGCUAAUCAGGAUUUCGUCACUUUGGAAGACACUCUGCUGGGAUACAUAGCGGAUGGCAUUUCAUGGUGUGGAAAUCCUACCAGUCCAGGAGUCAACUACAACUCUUGCCCCAAAUGGACUGAGUGUGAAAGUAACCCCAGUUCAGUAUAUUGGAAAAUGGCUUCCAAGAUGUUUGCUGAAGCAGCUUGUGGUACAGUCCAAGUAAUGCUCAAUGGGUCAAUAGAAGCUGGCGCAUUCAGAAGUAACAGUAUUUUUGGCAAUGUUGAAAUUUUGAACUUAAAUCCAGAUAAGGUUUCCAGGAUGCACAUUUGGUUAAUGCAUGACAUUGAUGGACCCCAAAGUGAAUUUUGUACAGGCCAUUCCAUAACAAAGCUAAAAGAGAUCCUGGAAAGCCGAAAAAUAAGUGUCUAUUGUGAAGACAAUUACAGGCCAGUUCAAUUGCUUCAGUGUACCACCAAUCCUGACCAUACAACCUGCAAAGCUUGCUCUUGACACCAUGGUUCCCUGCAUUGUUUAUAUCAUUGUUCAGUUUUGUAUAAUAUGGAAUGUCGUGCAUUCAUAUACAUAUAUAGAUAGCUAGAUAUGUGCAGAAAUAACUUGAUGGUGACAGAUCUUUGCAUUUUAAACCCAGAUCUACUUCCACAUAUAAGUCGUGUCCAAAUGAAUGAAAUGAAAUCAAUGAGAUUCAGUGAGAACUUGGUAACCCAACCCUUGUGUAAACUGCAAAUUAUGUAAAUUGUGUUGUGAAUCUACUUUUAACAUGAGAGUGAAAAUUGAAUUUAGGCCACAGUACAGAGAAACUAGGGGUGAACUUUUCCCCUGCUUGCAUCUUAAAUCUCCAGUCUGACCAUUGGCAUCCAUUUUUAUAUAGCCAAGUUUUAAUAAUGGGUGAGAUCAGAUAGGGAUGAAAGCACUGGGGAAAGGGACUACAGGACAUUAUCCUAAAGGUGGGGAGUGUGGCUCCCAUUUGCUCUUUAAAACUGCCCUUCUGCCCCCCCCCCCC